AUGUCGAGUCUUUCUGUGCUGCUGACCGAACUUCUUGGCAGCCGUGUGAUGGUGUUCAUCCUUGUUACCGCUGGAAGGAAAGCAUUUGUCAUAGAAAUGGAAUCCGCAGAGGGCACUCCACAAUCCCACAGAAAAGGGCUGUUUGCUGGAAUAAAGCUGAAGAAGAAGAAAAAAGGAGACAAGGGGUUAACGUUUGCAAACAAAGGAGCCCUGGGUGAUCAUGAUGACACUGACAGCCUGCAGCAAGAGAUACCUGUUGGCCAAGAAGGGGAAGAAGGAGAAAUUACAUAUGAUGAUGCGGUCUCUACCAGUAGCUUUGGUGCCUCAGGGUCUUGGAGGAAGAGAGCAAAGGUGGUGUCGAAGAUUCAUGAAGGGGAACCAAAAUCCCAGAAUUAUCAGAUUGCUAUAACCAUCAUUGAAGCUCGGCAGCUUGUGGGCGAGAACAUCGAUCCUGUGGUGAUCAUAGAGAUAGGGGAUGAAAAGAAGCAGACGACGGUCAAGGAAGGAACCAAUUCACCGUUUUACAAUGAAUAUUUUGUGUUUGACUUCCUUGGGCCCCAAGUACAUCUGUUUGACAAAAUCAUCAGAAUCUCUGUUAUGCAUAACAAGUUGAUAGGGAGUGUCUUGAUUGGCUCCUUUAAAGUAGAUUUGGGGACAGUUUACCUCCAGCCAGGUCAUCAGUUUUGUGACAAGUGGGCCCUUCUCACAGACCCUGCUGACAUUCGGACGGGAACUAAGGGAUAUCUGAAGUGCGAUAUCAGCGUUGUAGGAAAAGGAGACACGAUACAAGCCAUUCAGAAAGCAAGUGAUGCGGAAGAGCAAAUAGAGAAGAACCUCUUGAUCCCCAAAGGAUUUCCAUCAGAAAGGCCUUGGGCCCGGUUUUAUGUGCGAAUCUAUAAAGCUGAAGGGCUCCCCAAGAUGAACUCAAGCAUUAUGGCUAAUGUCACCAAAGCAUUCAUGGGAGAUAGCAAAGACCUCGUGGAUCCAUUUGUGGUGGUCACAUUUGCGGGUCAAAUGGGACGGACAACUGUGCAGAAGAACUGUGCUGACCCUGUGUGGCACGAACAGGUUAUCUUUAAGGAAAUGUUCCCACCACUGUGCCGAAGGGUCAAACUCCAGGUGUGGGAUGAAGGGAGCAUGAACGACGUGGCCUUAGCCACUCACUUCAUAGACCUGAAGAAAAUCUCAAAUGAACAGGAUGGCGAUAAAGGGUUCUUACCUACCUUUGGUCCUGCUUGGAUUAAUCUCUAUGGCUCACCCAGAAACCACAGCCUAAUGGACGAUCACCAGGAGCUCAAUGAAGGUUACGGGGAAGGUGUCUCUUUUAGGGGACGGCUCCUAAUUGAGCUUGCAGUAGAGAUCCUCUCCGGGGGAGCCCAUGAGUCAAAGUUUUCAAAGAUCAUCAAGGACUUAAAGCCGUCUUCCAAGGAGAAGGAUGCCAAAGGAUCUAAAGGGACAGGGAAAGACAAAGACAAAGGAGCAGAAGAUGGAAAACCCCCCUCCUCUUCAGAUAAAACCAACUCAACUGAUGUGGAAGUGGAGCCAUUUGACGUGCUACCUGAGAUCCAUGAGGAAACAUUUGAGGACUUCCUCCUAUUUGGGGCAUUUUUUGAAGCGACAAUGAUUGACAGAAAGGUUGGAGAUAAACCAAUAAGCUUCGAGGUUUCGGUUGGGAAUUUUGGCAAUGUGAUUGACGGAGUGUCGUCAGGAGCUGGAGGCAAAAAGAAGGGCCACGAAGGAGAAGAGGAAGAAACUGCCCCGUUGCUGCAUGAAGGUUCGGGAGAUGCUUCGCAUGACAUUGCGAUGCCUCUGGUAUCUACCACGCACCCCGAGAAGCCACUGGCCACCGAAGGAAACAGAAACUAUAACUAUUUGCCCUACGAUGAGAAGAAGCCCUGUGUCUAUAUCAAGAGUUAUUGGGGAGACCAGACCUUCAGGCUGUAUUUUUCUAAUUCCCUCGACAAAAUGGCGAAUCUGCUGGAAGAAGGUUUAGAACAAGUGAGAGAUCUGAUCAAGGUUUCUGAGCUUGCAUCAGAGGAGAAAAUGAGGUCCACUCUCAAUGAUUUUAUCAACCUAAGCCGGGCCUUCAUUGCUAAUGCCGAAAAGAAGCCCAAGCUGAUGAAUCGGACAGCUUUGGACAAAAAGAGGCUGACGUUAUGUAAGCAAGAACUGGAAGCGAUGGCCAAGGAUGCCCAAGGGAUCAUUCAGCAGCAAAAGAAGAAGAUUCUCCUUGAUGAAAUGAUGCGCGAGACAGAGGGUUUUAUUGAAAAGAUUCGCUUUUUAGUCGAUGAGCCUCAGCAUACUGUGCCUGAUGUGUUCAUCUGGAUGCUCAGCAACAACAAAAGAGUUGCUUACGCGAGAAUCCCCGCCAAGGACGUACUCUAUUCCCCUGUGACCGAGCAGAGAGGCGAACACUGUGGGAAGAUUAAAACCCAUUUCUUGAAAUUGCCAGGAAAACGGCCGUCCGGCUGGAACGUCCAUGGGAAAGUUGACACUUACCUAUGGCUGGGUUCCAUAAAAUACGCCCACACUAUUUUGGACAACUUACCUUUCGGAUAUGAAACAGAAACGCCUUCUGCAGUGAGCGGAGGACACCACGCCGCCCCCCCACCUGUCAGCCUGGUCUAUAAAACCAAGAAUAUGUUCCAGCUGAGAGCUCAUAUGUAUCAGGCCAGGGGACUUAUAGCAGCUGAUACCAGUGGACUUUCGGAUCCAUUUGCCAAAGUCACUUUUAUUUCGCACUGCCAGACCACAAAAAUCAUUCAACAGACAUUGUCUCCUACCUGGAACCAAAUGCUACUGUUUAAUAAUAUUCUACUUCAUGGAGAUGGGAAAGAAAUCGCCGAAUUUCCUCCAGUGGUCGUUGUGGAACUAUACGAUGACGAUGCAGUGGGCAAAUCAGAAUAUAUUGGCUCUACCGUGGCCUCCCCUGUAGUGACACUGGCUGGAGAUAAAUAUGAACCACCAAAACUUUGUUAUCAUCCAGUGUACUGCGGAAAUCUUUCUGGAGGAGAUCUCCUGGCAACCUUUGAGCUGCUGCAGAUUUCUGACUCGGGUCCCGAAAACCUCCCACCGGUGGAUCCUCCAGAUGUCAGUCAGGUCUACCCUGUCCCAGCCAGCAUCAGACCUAUUCUAAGUAAAUACCGAGUUGAGGUUCUGUUCUGGGGUCUUCGUGAGCUGAAGAAGGUGCAGCUUCUUUCUGUGGAUCGCCCGCAAGUUCUCAUUGAAUGCGCAGGCAAAGGAGUGAAAUCGUGCGUCAUUCAGAGCUACAAAAACAACCCAAAUUUCAAUGUCCAGGCAGACUGGUUUGAAGUGGAACUACCGGAAAACGAAUUGCUGCACCCACCGCUCAGCAUCUGCGUCGUGGACUGGAGGGCCUUUGGCCGCAGCACACUGGUUGGAACGCACACCAUCAAUUGCCUGAAACAGUUUCUGUAUAAGUCUAAGGAGCUGCCUGCUCCAUCAGCAAAGGAUGUUAACCUUGUAGGCAUUGGAACAGGUCCUACAGAAGCACUUCAACCCGUUCAGGCUGCACAGGUUCCAACAGAUCAUAUCUACAUUGAUGUGGAACAUUGUGCCCCUGUGUUAGCUGUACCUGAACCUGAACCGGUAGCACCUCCUGCUCCAACACCGCCAUCUCUGCCAGCACCUUCUCCAAAACCUGCGUCUCCUUCUACCACUGAACCUCCUAAGGAUGGGAAGCAGAAAGACUUGAGAAAAUCGUCUCGGCGUUCCACCAAAAGAAAAAAGAGAACAAUCGCCGAUGAAUCUGCUGAAAACGUUAUUGACUGGUGGUCAAAGUAUUAUGCUUCUGUGCAAAAAGUCCAAAAGGCAAAAGUACUCGAUUUUGGUGAUGGAAAACCAGGAAGUACAACGCAGACUGGUGGCCAUGUGACAUUAAGCAUCGAAGAUGAACCAGACAGAAAGAAGAAAGAUAAACUGGUCAAGAAGAAAGCGAAAGAAGCAUCUCCAAAGCUAGCAACACUGGAGAUCUAUGAUGGAGAUCUGGAGAGUGAAUUUAACAACUUUGAAGACUGGGUAAAAACCUUUGAACUCUUCCGUGGCAAGUCUACCGAUGAAGAUCAUGGCGACUAUGACGAAAGGAUAAUAGGAAAGUUUAAGGGCUGUUUCUGCAUAUACAAAAAUCCAGAUGACUGCUGCUCUGGAGAAGGAGGCCAGCCGAAGAUUCUUCAGGGGAUACCACCAAAUCACUCUGUGAAAGUUCUCAUCAGAGUAUAUGUUGUGGCAGCAUUUAACCUCAGUCCAGCUGAUCCAGAUGGUAAAUCGGAUCCUUAUAUUGUGCUUAGACUGGGCAACACCGAAAUUAAAGACAGAGACAAUUACAUUCCCAAGCAGCUAAACCCAGUUUUCGGAAGGUCUUUCGAACUUCAGGCAACCUUCCCCAAGGAAUCCCUGCUUUCAGUCUUGAUCUAUGACUAUGACUUGAUAGGUUCAGACGACCUAAUUGGAGAGACGAAAAUUGAUUUGGAAAAUCGUUUCUAUAGCAGGCAUCGAGCCACCUGUGGGUUGCAAAGCCAAUAUGAAAUUGAAGGAUACAAUGCCUGGCGAGAUGCCACCAAGCCAACUGAGAUCCUAACCAAGCUGUGCAAAGAUAACAGACUGAACGGGCCCUUCAUGCAGCCAGGGAAGAUUCAAAUAGGGGGCAAAGUCUUUACAGGGCAGACCGUCUUCCAGGAAGAUGAGAAUGAAGAACCUGUCGAAUCAUACGAACACCUCGCACUGAAAGUUUUACGGUCCUGGAAUGAAAUCCCCGGGGUCGGUUGUAAGAUGGUGCCCGAACACAUCGAGACUCGGCCCAUCUAUCACAAAGACAAGCCUGGCAUGGAGCAGGGCCGUGUGCAGAUGUGGGUAGACAUGUUUCCGAAGGAUAUGCCACUCCCAGGGCCUCCUGUUGAUAUCUCACCCAGAAAACCCAAAGGUUAUGAAUUAAGAGUUAUCAUCUGGAAUACAGAGGACGUCAUUUUAGAGGAUGAGAAUAUCUUUACCGGACAGAAAUCCAGUGACAUCUAUGUGAAAGGGUGGCUGAAAGGCUUGGAAGAUGACCGUCAGGAGACCGAUGUGCACUACAACUCUUUGACCGGAGAAGGGAACUUCAACUGGCGUUUUGUGUUUCCGUUCCAUUAUCUCCCGGCUGAGAAGCACAUGGUUGUCUGUAAGAGAGAGAACAUAUUUUCCUUGGACAAGACAGAGCGCAAAAUACCAGCAGAAUUGGUGCUUCAGGUCUGGGACUUCGAAAGGCUUUCUUCGGACGAUUUCUUGGGCUCCCUUGAAAUGACUCUGAAUGGCUUCCCCCGAGCUGCCAAGACAGCCAAGCGCUGCGACAUAAGCAUGAUGACGGGGACAAGUGAGGAGAACAAGAUCUCCAUAUUUCAGCAGAAGCGCGUCCGAGGCUGGUGGCCGUUCAUCAAAGCCGGCGAACUCACGGGCAAAGUAGAAGCUGAAUUUCAUCUAGUCACGGCAGAGGAGGCUGAGAAGAACCCAGUGGGCAAGGCCCGGAAGGAGCCAGAACCUUUGGAAAAGCCAAACCGGCCUGACACCUCCUUCUCCUGGUUCAUCAAUCCUUUCAAGUGUUUGUAUCAUCUCAUCUGGAGAAAUUACAAGAAAUACAUCAUCAUUGGACUGAUUCUGAUUAUCCUGAUCAUAUUCCUCGUGCUUUUCAUCUACACCCUACCCGGGGCCAUUAGUCGUAGGAUUGUUGUGGGGUCAACUUAGAAGAUGGUUAUCCCUCA